AGCAGCGGGAGCAGCGCCGCCGCCGCCGCCGCCGCCGCGGGCGGGCCCGUCCCCCAGCGUCCCCCCCGAACACCAUAGGCGGCUCCGGCUCCAAGAUGUCCAACCGGGUGCUCUGCCGGGAGGCCAGCCACGCCGGCAGCUGGUACACGGCCUCAGGACCCCAGCUGAAUGCACAACUAGAAGGGUGGCUUUCUCAAGUACAGUCCACAAAAAGACCUGCAAGAGCCAUUAUUGCACCCCAUGCAGGAUACACCUAUUGUGGAUCUUGUGCAGCCCAUGCUUACAAACAAGUGGAUCCCAAUAUCACCCGAAAAAUUUUCAUUCUUGGGCCUUCCCAUCACGUGCCCCUCUCCCGAUGUGCACUUUCCAGUGUGGACAUUUACAGGACACCUCUGUAUGAUCUCCGAAUUGACCAAAAGAUUUAUGGAGAAUUGUGGAAGACUGGAAUGUUUGAACGCAUGUCCCUACAGACAGAUGAAGAUGAACACAGUAUUGAAAUGCAUUUGCCUUAUACUGCUAAAGCCAUGGAAAGCCAUAAGGAUGAGUUUACUAUUAUUCCUGUGUUGGUCGGAGCACUGAGUGAGUCAAAAGAGCAGGAAUUUGGAAAACUCUUCAGUAAAUACCUAGCUGAUCCUAGUAACCUCUUUGUGGUUUCUUCUGACUUUUGCCAUUGGGGUCAGAGGUUCCGUUACAGUUACUAUGAUGAAUCCCAAGGAGAAAUUUAUAGAUCCAUUGAGCACCUAGAUAAAAUGGGUAUGAGCAUUAUAGAGCAGCUAGAUCCUGUAUCUUUUAGCAAUUACUUGAAGAAAUACCAUAAUACAAUAUGUGGAAGACAUCCUAUUGGAGUGUUAUUAAACGCUAUCAACGAGCUCCAGAAGAAUGGAAUGAAUAUGAGCUUUUCAUUUUUGAAUUACGCUCAGUCAAGCCAGUGUCGAAACUGGCAAGACAGCUCAGUGAGUUAUGCAGCUGGAGCACUUAUGGUCCACUGAACCGCUGAAUGCUCAGGGAUGGCACCUGCACACACUCUGUAUACGGGGUCCCAGCCUAGCCCUUACAAAGAUACAGUCCCUGGUCUUUGGGUAUACUGAAACCUCAAACUAAUAGAACUCUGUUCUUUUCUAGUAGGUGUAGUCCUUCCUUAGUUUCAACUCAUUUAAAAAUGCUUUCUUGUUUAGGACAAUGGAAGGAAGGCUGGUAUCAAAACUUUUUGUGCUGGGGUUUUUUUGCCUCUUUUUUUUUUUUUUUUUUUUUUUUUGGUGGUGGGAAGAGAUAAUGGCUAUGAAGGCAUGGUGGUAGACUGUCCUUAUAAAUACAACAUGUAAAGCAUUUACCAUAUCCUAAAUUUGCACUCUUUGCAGACCUGUGCACAUAUACUCUGCUUUCAGAAUAGUUUUGCAAGUUGUAAACGGAAAAAGGGGGUGGAAGCUUUUUAAUAAAAGAAAAAAAAAAAGGAAAACAACGCAUUUAUAAAUUAUCCUGUAUUAGACUAUAAUAAAACUCCAGUAUAGUCAGUUACUACCCGUGAUGUACAACAGAUAUCUUCUAUUUUAGUUGCUAAUAAAGGGCUACACAAACCAAAAUAGUCUGAUUUAAACUUA